GCCGAUCAUCGGAAGCCGAUCAUCGGAAGCAUAGCUGGAUGCUACCGGACGCGUCCACAGGUUGCGGAUAGUGGGACGCCCAAUAGAUAUAUUGGGCAGCUGCGAAUAAAUAAGCAGUCGCGGACAACUCAGCGGUCUCCGGGGGGAGAGUCUCGGAACAAAUAUCCGAGUGCCCAUGAUCCCUGGUUACGACGAGGCGAACAACUGGCGCCUCAAAAUACCCAGUGAUCGGUGUUGGUCUACCGAUAAAUAAGACCCCCUAACGCUGGGGUGUUAUGUAAACCGUGCCCAUCAGUGUUCCUAGGUUUGCAGUCAGGGUUCCGACUGUAUUCGUACGGUUGCCUCACUGAUACCUGGGCGCCUCAGUGAGUAACAGGCUUAGUUGCCAAGUCCUUGCCAUGGUAGGGAGGCUAUGCCAUGGUGGACCUCGUUUCCUCCAAGUCCGACUUUUUAUAUGGAGAAAGAUAAAACAAUAAACAAACAAAACAAACCCCCAACAACCACCAACGACACCAUUGCUUCCAAGGAAGCAACGACCAAGGACCGGCCACAGGACAUGAAUACCAAAUCGGGAGGGGACGACUCAAUACUGAAUUACAUUGACGUAAUCCACGACAGUAUUCAGCAACAAAAUGAACAGUUGUCUGCCCUCCUGGAAAAGACAAAAACGUUAAGACUCAGCCAGGAAAGUGUUCCUUCGGGCUUUAGUAACGACUCACCACUCUCUGAUGAGGAACUUGACAUAACGGUCAUUUCCUCGUCUCAAAGUGGUGAGUCAUCACAAAAGACCGCUAAGAACACUCCUAACGAGACUUGCGUGGAGUCCCAAAUCCAGGAGGGUUCAUCGUCGGUAACCUCCGAUGCUAAAAGCCUCGAUCGGCAAGAUACCAUCCUUGUAGGUACUGGCAGGAAAUCUACCAGUAACCCUACCUCUCACGAUGGUGUCGAACCGAAGGAGGCGAAAGCAAGGCGGGGUUAUAAAAGGUCAAUAAAUUAUUGCAAAAAAUUUAUUGGCCGAGACCCCGCGCACAUAACGGAGAGAGAGAGGAUUCUGAUCAAGAUGAACCUCAAGGUAAUUGCUAAGUUUGAGAAGAACCACCCGCACUUACCAAGUUGUUCUCUUAAUCAGAUACUCCUAACUCUCCCACCACCUAAUAUCAACAGUAGGGCAAACUCUUCCAUAGUUCAACCCACUGUUGAGAACCCUGCAGAGGUCAGCAAGUCCACCACCGACAGCAAGGCCACUCCGGCUGUUGUCCACGCGGUGACACCUAAUGCUGGACCUGCUGGGUCAUCUACCCCAAAAUGCAGGGACAGGAAGGUCAAGAAGCCGGAACCUGUGAUAGCUGCAGCCUCGACAGUUCCAACGGAGGCCGACACCCCUUCGCGCUCGGCGUUGAAGAGGGGCCGGUCUACGGAGGAACCACACCCUGAGGCCAAGAAGGUAUCUAAGGCCCCGGCUUCUCGGCCUUUACCUACAACUUCCACUUCGUCUGUCAGCAAGUCGCUUGUGACCAAACCACCCCCAACAGGCCCUUCAAGCUCCAAGCCUGAUAAGGCCCACAAAGGAGAGGUCAAGUCACAAACGGCAGGCCAAGCAGGACGAAAGAGGAAGUACUCCCAGACGAUCUACCCGGACAAUCUACGAGUAGCAAUCAUCGACAGGGCUGAACCGGAAGGUAAAAUCAGCGAUAGUCGAUGGCUGCUAUUCGAAGAUCGACUGAGGGAGCUUGUCUUUACGGGAGAGGGUGACCCACGAAGGAUGCAGUUUGGCAGCGCCACCCUUUACAGAGGCGCGAAAGUCAUGUGCUGCGAAAACCAGGAAUCUAAGGAUUACCUAGUCACCGCAGUAUCUGGCUUCCGUGACCUAUGGCAAGGAUGCGAUCUGGCGGCUGUAUCCUUAAAGGACAUCCCCUGCCGUAGAGUAUUGACAGCAUGGGUGCCACCACCAUCUGUGGAUCCGGCACGCAUCCUGACAAUACUAGGCAAGCAAAACCCCAACCUCAAAACAGACAGCUGGCGUCUUGUCAGUUCUACCACUGAGGGAGGGGGCCUGGUCAUCAAGGUAUCCAUGGAUAAGGAUGGCCAGGAGUAUCUUCAAGCUCGUGGGGGAAAAUUGCACUUCGGCGCCGGAUGGAUCCGCUUCCGGCUAACGCAUUAGGAGGAAGGAAGCAGCAGCUACUCAAUAUCAUGCAGAUUAAUCUGCAUCACUGCAAAGCAGCUGCUGCUGAACUCCUCCUAUCCCUCACGAGAUCUGAAGUUGACAUAGCCCUAAUCCAGGAACCCUAUACAUACAAUAAUAGGGUAACUGGGUUAGGGAGUGGGCAGUAUGUCACUUACGCGGUCUCCAAUGGUGAUAAGGUAAGGACGUGUAUUGUUGCCAAAAAGAGUUUAAAUCUUAUCUUCCUUAGCAACUACAGUGGAGGAGACGUCACGGUAGCGAGAAUGGAAUGCAAAUCCGGGAGGGUUCUCUUUUUCAUUUCUCUCUACCUACCGUAUGAGCGACCUGACCCACCCGGCCACGAGGUAGAGGAGCUGCUCGACGAUCUGGUCAACAACGGGCACAUAAUUAUAGGUUGUGAUGCCAACGCACACCACUUCCAAUGGGGCAGUACGAAUACUAACGUCAGAGGAUGAACACAAUGGACCUAUAGGUCUCCGAGUGGAGCAGUUGCUAAAUGCAGCUGCGCGUCCUUUAACCUAACCUAACCUAC